UAAAGCUGUUCGUUUUUGAAAAUUUUGUUUUAAAAAUAGUUAAUUAAUGAAAAUUUAAAGCAUUUUGGCCGGUUAUUAUAAAAAUUACAUAGAUGAGACAGGGAUUUGGUAGAAUACAUUUAUGACAAAGUACAAAGGAAGAUUUUACAAAAUUUAUCGUGUAAAUCUUUUAAAAUUAUAUGUUUACUGCAUUCAUGUUGCAUAAAAAUUGCCGCUUUUAUUAAAACCAGUGGCAAUUCAUGUCCAACUACCCGGGCGAAAUCAUACAAAUUCACAUUGGGCAGGCUGGUGUACAAAUCGCAAAUGCUUGUUGGGAACUGUACUGCUUAGAACAUGGUAUCAAACCCUGUGGUCAUCUGGCUUAUAAGCCAACCGAUUCAUCAUACAACACAUUCUUUCAACUGUUAGAACCUCAAUGCAAAGUUGAGCCGAGAAUUGUAAUGAUCGACACGGAACCAACCGUUAUUGAUGAGAUACGUACUGGUGCCUAUCGUAAUCUCUUUCAUAAAGAUACAUUAAUAACGGGACUGGAUGAUAGCGGUAGUAAUUUUUCGCGCGGGUACAAUUAUCUGGGCAUAGAGUUGCUUGAACGUGCUAUGGAAGGUGUACGGAAGGUAGCAGAAAAUUGCAGAAAUUUACGUGGAUUUUUAUUCUUUAGAUCAAUUGGAGGUGGGACUGGUUCGGGUUUUGGUAGUUUGAUGAUCGAAAAGUUAGCUGAUCACUAUCCGAAAACUACCAAAAUUGAGUUUUUAGUGUUUCCGUCACCAUCGUUAUCAUCAAUCAUUGUCGAACCAUACAAUGCAGUUUUAGCAACGCACUUCUCUAUGGAAAAUAUUAAUGUCUCGUUUAUAGUGGAUAAUGAGGCUUUAUAUGAAGUGUGCGCUUCGCAAUUAAAUGUCCAUACGCCCACCUACACAAAUUUAAAUCGCAUAAUUGGUCAGGUUGUAUCGGCUUUUACAGCUUCCCAACGAUUUCAAGGUUCAACAAAUGUAACUUUCGAUGAAUUUCAAACAAAUUUAGUACCUUUUCCCCGCAUACACUACCCGUUAAUUAGUUACGCACCACUUAUGCCGCUUAAAAGUUUUCCAUACGUUAAUUUGACCGUUGAAAGUCUUACAACUGCCGUGUUUCAUCCUGGACAUCAGAUGGUGCGAUGCAAUCCACAAGAGGGCAAAUAUAUGGCAUGCGUAUUGCUCUAUAGAGGCGAUGUGUCGCCAACUGAUAUAAACUCAACAAUUCUUAAUAUGAAAAGGUCAGGAGCUUUACGUUUUGUUGAUUGGUCUCCAACUGGCUAUAAGGUUGGUAUUAAUGCAAUGCCGCCUAGUUUUGUACCUGGUGGGGAUUUAUCUCCAUCGAAUAAAGCGGUUUGUUGUAUUGCCAACAAUACAUGCAUACGCAGAGCCUGGUGCCGACUUAUACAUAAAUUCGCCCAAUUAUAUAACCGUCGUGCCUUUGUUUAUCAUUAUGUGGGCGAGGGCUUGGACGAAGGUAGUUUAUCGGACGCCUCUGCAAAUCUUUGUCAACUAGUUGGAGACUAUGAAGAUGUUGAUAGUCUUGGUAGUAAAUAAUAAAAAUAUAAGUGAAUGAGAGUCGUAACGUAUAUUUGUAUCUGUAUCAAAAUUAAUGUGUAAAUCGAAAUUUAUACUAGAGUUUUUUUUUUCUUUUCUUUUAAGUAAUCCGUUGUAUAGAUUUUUCUGUGAAAUAAAUGUUUUGGGUAUUGUUUAAAAAA